GCUGUCAGUGGAAAUUUUGAAGUACUGUAAUUUUAAGAAAUCUGUUUUAAUUGGAAGCCCCUGCAGAAUGGGAUGUCUGUGCCUGAGGAAGGCCGCCUCCUAUCCCUCAGUUCCACAGGACAUUAUGAACACCCUCAAGAAGAAUACAGCACUGAGUCGCAGUCAGAUCAAGUAUCUGUAUAUUCGAUUCUACCAGUUUUCAGGAGGAGGCAAAGAACCUCCAAGUCACCUGCACAAGUACAACUUCUAUUCUGGCCUUCUGCAACUGAACCCCUUACUGCCCACCAUACUGAACUCCAUGUUCGGGGAUAAAGUGAAAAUUACCUUUUUGGAUUUCGCUAUGUUUCUGAGCACCUUUCAGGCCCAUUCUCUUAAGACCUCCAAUGAGCUGAAGAAUGCCAUGAUGGACAAGAAAUUAAAGUUAAUUUUUAACAUGUACGAUCACAACAAAGACGGUCGUAUCACCAGGUAUGACCUAGUCAUAGUUGUGCACAAGUUGUUUUCAAAUCUAUUGGAUCACGUACAAAUCAUGCGCAUUGUGGAUUCCAUGAUGAAGGAAAUGGAUUACUCGGACUCAAAUCAAAUACUAUUCGCAGACUUCUGCAAAGCGUUGGAGUGCUUUGACAUGACCGAAAUGAUGGUCACCAGGAUACCCGAGUUCCAUGGCCGAACUACCGAUGAGUUGCAAUAAGUAAUUGCCCAAUUUGAUUUAUUUAUCCAGCUGCACGCAAAUUUACAAGAUCUACCCGCUAAAAGCCGUUAAAAGUGGUGUUAAAAGUUUAAGCACGUUAUAUAGGGCGGGGUUCAACAUUUUCAACAGAUUAAAGUCUCCUGAUGAAAGACUUGAUAGUGCGCUCGAUAAACUCGACAAAAGGGAGUUAUUUAAACAUGUGGACCCCGUCGUUCCAGUCAAAGAAUCAAAGAGCCCCGCUGCUUUAGAUGUUUGUAUUAUUUGUAGAAUCAGGAUCUGAAAUAAAAGAAUGUUAUUAAACCCUAUUAAA